GUUUGAUUACGUAUUAAGUCCCCGGGAAAGACGGCUCGGGUGAAUAGUUACGGCGCCUGCAAGGGUCGGGGUUGACCGUCGGAAGGAAACAUAUCCCAGAGCUUGUUGUCCGACCGCUCGCAAUGCUCUCCAUCUCAUCUCAUCUCUCCAUGCAGUCCACCUCAGAGUACGUGGACGACAGCCGUCCUGCAAAGCGGCCCAGGCAGGACGACCUCUGCGACUCGGUCGUGCGCCCGUUCACCAUCCCUGCCCCGUCGGCCCACCCAGAGACCGAUCCUGCGGAGAACUCCUCAAAGAGGAACAGGAAGCGGCCACUGUCUUGCGGGGAAUGCAGAAGGCUCAAGCUCAAGUGUGAUCGCGUAUUUCCAUGCCAGUCCUGCUGCAAAAGAGGCUGCGCAGAAAUAUGUCCGGAUGGCGCGUUGACAGGAGGAAAGGGUAGUAGGUUUAUCCUGGCUAAUACAGAACAACUGCAUGAGAAAAUUAAAUCCAUGGCCGAGCGCAUCCGCCAGCUGGAGGACGCUCUACAAACGAUACAGGCACAGCAUUCGACAGAGUCCCACCCUCUGCUAAGGCAGGAGCUUCUGUCCAUUAAGCGCUCACCUGAAUUAUUCGGGAUGGAUCGCAAUGCAAUUGCUGCAAACCACAACAUCAACAUUCUUAGUGUGCACAAAGAAGAAGAUGACCACAGAAGCACUGGCUCGUCAGGAACUCCACCGGACGUCGGCGACGACUAUGCAUCCUCAUCCUCAGUGUCUGUCAGCGCCAGCGUAACACAGCUCGGACUCCCUGAGGAGAUUGUCCGCCUAAGUCGGGCUUGCCCGGUACCGCCCUCGAUGAGCGCCGACCUCAAUCCCGACCUCCGACGAAGCAUCCGUGACCUACUACCUCCGCCUAACGAGGGUCAGCGGAUCUGUGAACAAGCGCGCCGAAACGCGUUUUGGCACUACAGUCCAGAUACCAGCGAAAGCUUUAUACCUAACCUGGUUCACAGCGUGUACUAUACCCAGCUCAAUACCCUCCUUCCACAUCGCCUCAGUCUCUUCCUCAUCGUGCUUGCUAUUGGGACAGCGGUCGAUCUCCAACCAAGCCACGAUCGCCAUGCAGCUGAAAAAUAUCACCAUCUCGCACGAGCCGCCCUGUGCGAAACGGCAGUCGUUGAUGAUCCCAGCUUUGAUACGAUAAACACUCUGUUCUACAUGGUCUGGUACCUUCUGAUGUUUUCCAAUCACAAACGGGCGGCAGAGCAUGCAUGGGGCAUCAUGGGUCUGCUGGCAAAAUUGGCGCAGAGCCUCGGCCUCCACCGCGAUGGCGUGGGCAAGAUGAUACCAGAGGAGCUCGACAAGCGGAAGGCUCUGCUAUGGAACAUGAUGAGUGUUGACGUGCGUUUGGCACUCAUGCUGAGACGGCCGCCGUCUCUGUCCAUUCAUCAUGUGGACGUAAAGCGUCCUGCGUACAACUUCUUCGACUCGCCGACCGCGAGCAUCAGCGCGACAUAUCACGAAUGGCGAGACACAUUCCUCGCGCAGUGCCAGUAUCCGGUGCUAGAGCUGAUCAUUGCCCCGCAACCUCCGCCGUAUGCUGAUGUGCUCGCGCUCGACACAAAGAUUCGCGACCUUGAAAUCCCGCCCGCGCUGCAUAUGGUAGACACAGAUGCAGGCGCACCACAGCACCCCGUAGGCUUGCAGCAGGCGCUGACUCUCUGCACUCGCGAGAUCGCGAUCCUAAACCUGCAUAGAAGCUAUUUGACGCAGGCGCUCAGAGCGCAAGAUGGAUUCACGAUCAAGAGCAAAUACUCACCAUCCGUGCUGGCUGUCUACAGCAGCGCAUGCAAUUUGAUCUGGACUGUGCACACAUGCUACAAAUGGGAGCCUGAGCUAAUCGUUAGGUUUUCGGUAGUAUGGUCGAACUGUCUUUCUGCCGCGCUCGCGCUGUGUCUCAUUCUUGGGCGUGCUCCAAGCAGUCCACUUUCGCCUCAUGCCCUCGCGGAGGUCGACAAAGUUAGGAGACUGUUCAUCGAAGUCCGGGACCGUUGUCCUGCAGUUGCCAAAGCCUUACCUGCUCUGGAAGCGUGCGCUGCAAAAGCGCGCUCCGUCUACGUCGGUUGGUGCCAUGGAUCGGUAGAUUGCUACGGAGAUUCAGAAAACGACGAAGUGUGUGCGCUCGUGCGCCGCACGGUGAUGACGCCGCCCGAAGACGCGGGGUCGGCGACCCAAGAAGCGCACCCAUUCGAGCAUGCGCACUUUUCGCUGAAACAUUGCUACGAAAAGUUCAUUGCGGAGCACCCGUCUGGCCGCGUUGAGCCGUACUCGACCCAGCAGGAUUCGUUGCGGUUUGGCGUGUCGCAAUCGUACAGCAUGUCGGCGGAACGGACGAUGCACGACCCGCAUGCGAGUAUCAACGGCGCCGACGCGUCCACCUCGCAGAACACUUAUAACCCGGGAUGGAUGGGGACGGAGUUCUUGGACAGCAGCUGGAUGACAUGGUUCUAGUGUUGGUAGUGUUAGAUGGCAUGAACAUAUGGCGGACUGGCGUGUACAUUUGAACUAACGCUUGAUUAUUGGACUCCAACAUGUACUUCUUACCUCGAUCCUUCUUCCUGGUUAUAAUACCUGACCACUCUGCACGGAAA